AUGCACGACUUCACUCUCAUUCUUCUUUCGAUCGCCGCUGUGAUCUCCAUCGCUCUCGGUGUGUACACCGAAGGCUGGGACGAUGGUUGGUACGAUGGCUUUGCCAUCAUCAUCGCUGUUGCGGUGUGUGUGAACGUGACAGCCAUCAACGAUCUUCAGAAAGACAAGCAGUUCCGCGCUCUCAACGCGGUGAAUAACGCAAAGCAAAUCCGAACCCUGCGUGGGGGCGAGAUGGUUCUGGUCAAAACCGACGAUAUUGUGGUUGGUGAUAUCGUGGAGAUCACCGCUGGUGAUUCCGUUCCUGCUGAUGGCUAUUUCCUCAACGGCAGCAACGUGAAGAUGGACGAAUCGAAACUGACCGGAGAGUCGGAUCAGGUGGAAAAGAACGAAUCCAAUCCAUUCAUUGUAUCUUCUUCGGAGUGUCACGAAGGAUCGUUCAAGAUGGUUGUGAUUGCUGUGGGAUCGAACAGUGUGUUUGGACGAAUGCGAGCCAUGAUCGAGUCGGAGGGCGACGACAACACGCCUCUCCAGAUCAAGUUGGCCUUGCUGGCCAAGCAGCUCUCGGUCAUUGGAGCUUCGGUCGCUGUGGUUACUGUGGUUGUGAUGAUCGUGCUGCACGUUGUGACCUUUUUGACCGGAAACGGAACGAGCACAUGGGAUGCUUCCAACUGGGAGUUCAUCGUCACCGCCUUCACGACGGGUGUGGCGAUUCUGGUGCUGGCCAUUCCCGAGGGUCUGCCUCUUUCUGUCACGAUCGCUCUCGCCUAUUCGGUGAAGCGAAUGAUGACGGAUAACAACUUGGUGCGUCAUCUCUCCGCCUGCGAGACCAUGGGAGGAGCGAACACGAUUUGCUCGGAUAAGACGGGAACGCUGACGCAGAACCAGAUGACCGUGGUGCAGGGAUGGGUCUACAACGAAGAGAACCAGACUGCCUUGCUGAGCGAGUUGAAGACUGGAAGCACGGAGGAAUACAACGCCUUCAUUGCCAACUGUGCCAAGAUUAGCGAGUCUGCGAAGCAGCUGCUCAUGGACAAUGCGAUGCUGAACAACGAGUCCUAUAUCACGACGACUGACGAGGGAAAGGAGCGCGGUGUUGGAUCGGCUCUGGAUAUCGCGCUGUUGCGUUGGGGCAAGCUAUUAGACGUGGAUUACCACGCUGUGCGCGAGAAGUACCCUCUGCUGAACGCGGAGUCGGCUGCCGAUGCUACGGGAAUCGUGCGUCGCUUCCCCUUCCACUCCAACCGCAAGCGAGCCUCGGUGCUGGUGCGAUUGGCCAAUGGCAAGUAUCGUUUGUAUGUGAAGGGAGCGCCCGAGAUGGUGAUUCGUCUCUGCGAUGCCGUGAUUCUCCCCGACGGAAGCAUGAAGCAGCUCACUGGAACCUUCCAGGAAGAUAGUUCCGGCAACGUGACGGGCACGGGCUCGCGCUGCAACCUGGUGAAGCACUGCAUCUACCCGAUGGCUAGACAGGCGCUGCGUGUGCUGGCGUUCGCCUACCGUGACUUUGAUUCGAUCGAGGACAUCGACAAGACUGUGCAGUACCCCACGGAGGAUCAGAAGGGAGUGGGCGAAUGCCCGGUGAUGGAAGACGCUCUCACGCUGGUGGCGUUCCUGGGCUUCCAGGACCCCGUGCGUCCCGAAGUGCCUGAAGCCGUGCUGUCUUGCCAGAAGGCCGGUAUCUUCGUGCGCAUGGUGACGGGAGACAACAUGGAAACCGCCAAGGCCAUCGCUCGUCAGUGCAACAUCUACCACCACGACACUUGGAAGGACCCGAACGGAAGAGAGUGGCCUGCUGGUCGCGCGAUCCUGGGUUCGCAGUUCCGAGAGAUCGUCGGAGGACUGGUCCUGCCGCCUCACUUCUAUCAUGAGUGCCACUGCAAGGACUGCUCGAACGAUACGCACUUUGUUCCUGGUUACAAGACUCCCGAUUACCCCGUGCAUUACGGCUAUCCCUCGAUUGUGGGUCACAAGGAUCACCACUGCGCCGAUUGGACCGAGGAGGCGAAGAAGAAGCGCGGCAGCGAUCCCAAGAGCCAGUGCACCGAGGAGUGCAAGCAGCGUGGCUGCAUGUGCCAGGUGAAGAACCCCAAGGACGAGCGCCAGCUGCAGCAGUUCUAUGUGGUGAAGAACCAGGGACAGUUCGAUCAGUUCGUGGACACGCUGCAGGUGAUGGCGCGUUCGGCUCCUACCGAUAAGCACUUGCUGGUAACGGGUCUGAUGGAGCGUCAUCAGGUGGUGGCCGUGACGGGUGAUGGAACCAACGAUGGUCCUGCUCUUUCCAAGUCCAACGUGGGUUUCGCUAUGGGAAUCACGGGUACCAGCGUGGCCAAGGACGCUUCGGAUAUCGUGCUGAUGGAUGAUAACUUCAUCUCCAUCGUGAAGGCCGUGAUGUGGGGACGGAACGUGUACGACUCCAUCCGCAAGUUCCUGCAGUUCCAGCUGACCGUGUCCUUCGUGGCGUGCGUCGUGUCCUUCGUUAGCGCCGUAUUCCUGGAAGAAUCGCCUCUGUCUCCCGUGCAGGUGCUCUGGAUCAACCUCGUGAUGGACACCAUGGCUGCUCUGGCUCUGGCCACCGAAGCGCCGACUCCCAAGCUGCUGGACCGUUUGCCCUACAGCAAGACCGAGUCGCUGAUUUCGAACGUGAUUCUGCGGAACCUGCUGAUCCAGCUGGUGUUCCACCUGGUGAUUCUGCUGACCAUCGUGUUCCUUGGCCAUCGUCUCUUUAAUAUUCCCAUCGGAUCGAAUCUGGGCCAAGGCUCCAACCCGGAGAUCCACUUCACCAUGGUGUUCAACGUGUUCGUGUUCAUGGAGAUGUUCAACGAGAUCAAUUCGCGUCGAAUCAACAACGAGUGCAACGUGUUCGAGCACAUGGCUAGCAAUACCAUGUUUUGGAUGAUCUUCAUCAUCUCGAUGAUUCUGCAGCUGAUUCUCGUGCAGUUCGUCGGACGCGUCUUCUCCACGCAUCCGCUCACCUGGCAGCAGCACUUGUUCUGUGUGGUGAUGGGCUUGUGCACGCUGCCCCUCUACCAGCUGGCUCGCACCGUCCCUGCGGACUGGUUCCUUUCACGAUCCCCAAGGAAACCUUGCUGA